CAACCAAACACCUUCGCCUACAACACCCUCAUCCGCGCUUACGCCAACUCCCCGUUCCCGGCCAUGUCCCUUCGCCUCUUCUCUGAGAUGCUCUUUGGGGAGCAGCUUCAUGGGUUCGUGAUCAAGUCUGGGUUUCGGUUCUGAUCUUUUCUCAACGAAUGGGCUUGUCAGUAUGUAUGCUAGCUGUGGAAGGAUCGAGUUUGGGCGCAGAUUGUUUGAUUUGAGUGUUGAGAAGGAUGAGGUUUGCUGGAAUUCGAUGAUUUCUGGGUAUGCUGAAUGUGGGCUUUUGGAUCAUGCUCGGCUUCUGUUUGAUGAAAUGCCGGAGAGGGGGAUUGUUUCUUGGAAUGCGAUGAUCAAUGGUUAUGUCAAGGUUGGUGACAUUGGUUCUGCAAGAGAGCUGUUUGAUAGAAUGCCUGGUCGAAAUGCAGAUUCUUGGAAUACUUUGAUUGCCGGCUAUGCAAAGUGCGGCUUUGUGGAUAUGUCUCGAAAGCUCUUUGACGAGAUGCUGGAGAAGAAUGUUGUAUCGUGGAGCGCCAUGAUAACAGCUUUGGUGCAAGGAGGAUUUCCAAAGGAGGCAUUGGAUUUAUAUGAAGAGAUGAGGAGAGCAAUGGUGUCACCCAAUUGGGCAGCGAUUGUGAGUGUUUUAUCAGCUUGCUCGCAGCUUGGAGCAUUAGAGCGAGGCAUGCAUGUUCACGCUUUUGCGGAGAGGAACAAGAUGGAAGUUGAUUCAGUAAUUGGAACUGCUCUCAUUGACAUGUAUGCUAAAUGUGGGUGCAUAGAUAGAGCCCUUGAGAUUUUCGAUAAACUUGCUUCAAAAGAUGUCUUCUCAUGGACAGCUAUGAUAGGUGGACUCGCUGUGAAUGGACAUGGUGCUAAAGCAUUAGAGUUUUUUGGUAAGAUGGAGGAACAAGGAGUGAGGCCGAACAGGGUUACUUUUGUUGGUGUCCUAUGUGCCUGCAGCCAUGCAGGGCGAGUGCAAUUUGCUAAGCGAUAUUUCCAUUUAAUGAGUACAAAAUAUGGAAUUGAGCCCCAGGUUGAGCAUUAUGGCUGUAUGGUAGAUGCUUUGGGACGUGCCGGGCAUAUACAAGAAGCCGUAUCUCUUGUGCAAUCUUCGCCCGGGAAAGUGGAUUCUGAGUUGUGGGUUACACUUCUUGGUGCAUGUUGGAUUCAUGGAGAUGUAAAUACAGGCAAAUAUGUUCUAGAGCAGCUUGUCAAACUCAAGCCUGAUGACGGAGGUGUUUAUGUGCUCUUAUCGAAUAUAUACGCCACCAGAGGACAAUGGGACGAUGCUAGAAGACUGCGUUUGCAGAUGAAAUCAAAGGGACUCGAGAAGGUCCGUGGUCGGAGUUCAAUUGAGAUCGAUGGACUUGUGCAUGAAUUCUAUGUAGGAGAUAAGUCUCACCCAAGGACAGUGGAGAUUUAUCAAAUGUUAGCCGACAUUCAUUGCAGGCUUAGACUUGCAGGAUAUGUACCAAAUACAAAUUUAGUGUUGUUUGACAUUGCAGAGGAAGAUAAAGAAAAUGUUGUUGCUCAUCAUAGUGAGAAGUUGGCCAUUGCAUUUGGGAUGAUAAGCUUGAAUCCUAAAGCAGCCAUUAGAGUUGUCAAGAACCUCCGAGUUUGUCUAGAUUGUCACACUGUUGCAAAACUCAUCUCUAAAUUGUAUAAAAGAGAGAUCAUCCUUAGAGACAGGCAUGUUUUCCAUUAUUUUAGAGAUGGUUCAUGUUCAUGUAAAGACUAUUGGUGAUAUCAAGAUUCAAGAAUAGUUUCUGUCAUCUUACACACUUCACUGUAAACUCCAUAUGUAAAUGUUAAUAUAUAUGACAUGGUAAAACCUUCAGAAUGCUUUUUCAAGCAUUGCUAUGUCUCAAGGGUCAAGAACACGCCAUUAUCUUCAAGAACAAUGCAACUAGCUUCUAGUUUAGUGGCAAUA